AUGAAACAUAGGGACGAUAACGAAGAGGACAAGGACGAGUCCGAGGAGCAAAACGAUCAGGAAAAGGACGGGACGGGGAACAAGACGGCGAAGCUGAUCUGCGUCCUGAAGACGUGGGGUGAUGUGGGGGACAACUAUGAGCUCCAUGAAAUAUCUGCAUCGCAUUUACCAGCCCACAAUAUGUUUAACUCGUGCGCAACUUGUCGCCACCAAGACUGGAAUGGUGACAACGAAACCACGCAAUUCUCGCAGCUUAAUAUGAGGCUCACUAGUGGCCGCUGUUGCAACUCGGAGACCACACGGUACGGUCCGAAGUCGUGGAAGCAGUCUCUACGACAGUAUAAGAAUUCAUCAUUCUCAGCUCUUGAUGUCGCUCUCCUGACGGCUCUACCUGUCAUUAGUGCCACCCCUACUGGUCUCGAUAAUUUGGCCAGGCGUCAAGCGAUCACCACGCUCUUAGAGAGUCAGAUCAACUACUUCACGCCGUACACUUUGUAUGCUAGUGCAGCCUAUUGCCCUUCUGUCGAGUUGGCGGUAUGGGCCUGCGGAGUUAACUGCCAAGCUGUUCCUCAGUUUGAGCCCGUGGCUGCGGGAGGGGAUGGUAACCUCGUCCAGUACUGGUAUGUGGGCUUUGACCCGACACUCGAUAGUGUGAUCAUGGCACACCAAGGGACUGACCCUGUGGCUCUUCUCGCCGAUCUCACAGAUGGUAAUCUCAUCCAGGAAGAACUGGAUUCCACCCUCUUUCCUGGACUGAGCACCGACAUCCUAGUGCACAGCGGAUUCGCCAAUGAACAGUCUCUAACUGCCGCAGACGUUCUUCACGAUCGAGCGGCAAUCUCCCUUCUCGACGCCGUAUACCUUCCUCUUCAUAUUCCGGACGCGACGUUCACUUACAUCGGAUACGGCCUGCCGCGGGUUGGAAACCAAGCGUUCGCAAAUUAUGUUGAUACAGGGCCAACCAAUGUGACGCAUGUCAAUAACGAGGAAGACCCGAUCGCCAUCGUCCCGAGCAUGUCCCUUGGCUAUGUUCAUCCUUCUGGCGAGAUACAUAUCGAGGAUUGGGGCGAUUGGGAUGCAUGCCCAGGCCAGGAUAAUCCCAGCCCCCUCUGUAUUGUUGGGGACGUUCCGACCGUUCUGCUAGGCAACAUCCUCGACCAUAUCGGGCCCUAUAAUAGGAUUUACAUGGGUUGUGGGGUGCAGUCGAUUAUUCCUUGA